AUUGGCUAGCACACGUAACUCGGUCCUCAGCGAAGGUUUUUCCUUCUCAAUCCCGCUUAGAUAUUACUCGGAGAUUCAGAGAAAAAGAGUAAUUUUCUUGAGAAAGUAAGGGAAAAUGCAGCGAUCACGAUCGCCUUUUUUGGUAGCUCUAUCAAUUCUGUUAUUCGCUUCUAAUAUCUGCAAUGCAUUGUACGGGCCAUCAUCUCCUGUAGUCCAGCUAAACCCUUCCAACUUCAAGUCCAAGGUCCUGAACUCAAAUGGAGUUGUUUUGGUUGAGUUCUUUGCACCUUGGUGUGGGCACUGUCAAGCUCUCACACCCAUAUGGGAGAAGGCAGCUAAUAUCUUGAAAGGUGUUGCAACUGUGGCAGCUCUUGAUGCUGAUGCACACCAGUCACUUGCUCAGGAAUACGGUAUUAGGGGUUUUCCUACCAUAAAGGUGUUUGCACCUGGGAAGCCCCCAGUAGAUUAUCAAGGAGCUAGGGAAGCCAAACCUAUUGCUGAGUUUGCACUACAGCAGAUAAAGGCACUUUUGAAAGACCGCCUGAGUGGAAAAUCAUCUGGAGGAUCUAGUGAAAAAUCUGAACCUAAUGCAUCAAUUGAAUUGAACUCCCGCAAUUUUGAUGAGUUGGUGAUUAAAAGCAAAGAGCUUUGGGUUGUGGAGUUCUUUGCACCUUGGUGUGGACAUUGUAAAAAAUUAGCUCCUGAGUGGAAAAAGGCUGCUAGUAACUUGAAGGGGAAGGUGAAGCUGGGUCAUGUUGACUGUGAUGCUGAGAAGUCUUUGAUGAGCAGGUUCAACGUGCAAGGAUUUCCCACCAUCUUGGUGUUUGGUGCUGAUAAAGAUUCUCCAAUUCCAUAUGAAGGUGCCAGAACCGCAUCAGCAAUUGAAUCAUUUGCCCUAGACCAGUUGGAAACCAAUGUUGCACCACCUGAAGUGACUGAACUGACUGGUCCAGAUGUAAUGGAAGAGAAAUGUGGUUCAGCUGCCAUCUGUUUUGUUGCUUUCUUGCCUGACAUUUUGGACUCCAAGGCAGCAGGAAGGAACAAGUACCUUGAGCAGUUGUUAUCAGUUGCUGAGAAGUUUAAAAGGAGUCCUUAUAGCUAUGUCUGGGCAGCUGCAGGUAAGCAACCAGAUCUUGAGAAGCUUGUAGGCGUUGGUGGAUAUGGUUAUCCAGCUUUAGUAGCCUUGAAUGUCAAGAAAGGAGCAUAUGCCCCACUUAAAAGUGCUUUCGAGCUUGAACAUAUUAUAGAGUUUGUCAAAGAAGCCGGGCGUGGUGGAAAGGGAAAUCUGGCUUUGGGGGGUACACCAGAAAUAGUGAAGACUGAGCCAUGGGAUGGGAAGGAUGGAGAGAUAAUCGAAGAGGACGAGUUCUCUCUUGAAGAACUAAUGGGAGAAGAUGUUGGAAGUAAAGAUGAGUUAUGAUAAGGAAACAUUAGCUGAGGAAGAGAAUUAAAAAAUUCAGGCAUUAAAAGAUUUUUGUUGUUAUAAACAAUGUGUGUGCGGGUGUGUUACUAAUGCAAACUGUAUUUGGAGGAUUUUUUUUUUAAUCAUAGUGAAAGAGAUGUCUUUGUUACUAUUAACUGCUAAA